UGGUGCGGAUGUUUGCAACGUCGGCCAGGCCGCUCGCUGUCUGACGAUCGUUUACUAGUACCGUUGUUGGAGUUAUCCAGCUGAGGCUCGGAGUCGAGAAGACGGACACAGUUCUGCGUAAAAUAGAGAAAAUGGCGACCGACAUCGAAGAGUCGGAUACCGACGAUCACGAAAGGCCAGCACCUCCGAAACGGCAGUGCACGCGGCUGAAAAUCAGCGAAACGAUUUGGGACACGGAGAAGAAUUCAGUUGGGAAGGAGGAGACAGUACAAGAAACAGAGAACGUAGAGUUUGACGACGCGGAGAGACAAGCUAGAGAAAAAUUGAAGAGGUGGCAGGCUUGUCAGGUGGCCAAGGGAUACGUGGACAAUACCAUCAACAAAGUGUUGGAAAACUACAUCAUGGUAACAUCGUCCAGCUAUUCCUUGGAAGAGUCCAGAUUUCAGUUGUUCAGGGGCAAUGACAUGGAGGACACAGCAGUUUUAAUGGCGAUUCGCAAUCACGGCUUAGUACAGUCCGCUGGGCUUGUUUCUCAAUCGAAUGCUUUUUACAGUGACAAAGCUCCGGGCUAUUGGACCAAUAGUGAGUACACUGACGUGCAGUGUUCCUAUCCCUCUAAUCGCACGCAGAACAGCGAAAGUUUUGAGAAUUCCAUAGCCACAACGUCUGCGAGUUCAUUGAGAUUGAAUGACUCCAAAGGCGAAGAGGAUUACAACAGGUUCGACUGGGAUUUGGAUAAGAUAGAUGAGAGCGAUCAGCAGGAGAACUUUCUUGAAAGAGCUGUGGCAGAGGCUAUAAAGAAGAAAGGGCUCAGUGCUCUGAGCGUCGACUACGGUUGAGCGAGUUAAAUGUUCCAUCUUAAUAUAUGAUUAUACGAUAGCGUCGCAUAUAACUUUUUAUCUUUGCAAAUCUAUCUCGAUUUGUGUCAACAACUGCGUAGACAACACUCGUCAGAAUGCAAAGUAAUUUGUAUUUUAUCGAGAAGGAACUGUUUUGGUGACUGUCUAUUUCCUUGUUCACAGACAGAUAUGUGUCUAGUUACGCAUAGAGAUGUACCAUAUAUAUUCUAGAUUGAAAUAUUUUCAACGAGAGAGAAUUAGAUUUCAUUAACAUAUAAAUGAAGAUAGACGAAAUUUCGUUCGAGUCGCAUAAACUUGAAAAUUUGAUCGUUAUUCAAUUCACUGAAAGAGAGACAGCAGUCGUAGCAAAUUUCAAAUGCUUGAAUUUAAAUAUUCCAAAUGUGUACUAUAACUCUGUGAGUUUUAAUGGUUGUUGAUUAUUGUUGAAAUUCAAUGGUACUAAUUCAUUCCAUAUAGUAUUGCAUUGCUUCUAUCCAUUCCUAAGAACGAAUUAUUAUAUAUCUUUUUGUAAAUUGCAAUUUCUUAAGUGAUAUAUAUAAAACACGUUUGUUCUUUGAAAAUUAGUAUUAUAGAUAAUGUAGUAACUCUUAGAAAGAAGAAAUUAUGAGACUAUUGUAUGUAAGAGUAAACGCUUUUUCUGACAUCUUUGUUUUGUAUACAAAGGCCUUUAUGAUGUGUAUGUAUUUCAUCAUCUGUAAAUAGAUUGUUACGUACGAAAAAACAUAUAAAUAAAAUUUUCAUUCAUAUUAUUCGACGACACGUAUAUCUGCUCAGUAGAACAUUUCUCUUCUGGUAUAUAUGAUUGGUAUUUCUAGCACUUAUGAAUAAAAAGAUGUAAACAUAUACAGCAAUGUGUUAUUAUACACGGAAUUCCUGCAAUUUGCAAUUUGGAAAUGAUAAACCGUUAAUACCGUUAAAAAAAAGUUUUGACAAUAUUUCAUUCAGUAAUUCCUGCAGCUAAAAAAUUAUAGUUGUAAGAGAUUGAUUUCGUACAAAGCAAUUGAGAGAUUUAGAGUAUUUCAAAUGAGUAGAUGCAAAAGGUUUCUAGAUUGCGCCAUAUUUGCAUUCUUUCUCUCUGAAAUUUUCCCUUUUAAUUUUCAAACUUUUCUUCAUUAUCAACCACAAUGUUAUCAACAAAAUUCAUUACACAUUUUAACUUUUAUUGAUGUAAAUCAAACGUACGUGUGUAUGUGUAUUUUUCUCGUUGAAAGUAAUCUUGUACAUUUUAUCUAAUAAAAUGUACUAUGAAAAUAGAUUGAAUAAAUAAAAUUGGUUUGAGCUAUA